AUGGCUGAAUGUCUUUACCCACUUACACCUCUUGAAUUUUUCGAAGACAAGCCAUCCACGCUGACAUGGAAUGUCAAGUUUCUAACUCUGUUUACUCACUCAGUUCCUGAACUUACAUGGAAAGUCAACUCAAAAAAUAGAUACUGCAUAUUUCACGUUGCUGUUAUUAACAGACAAGAGAAAGUGUUCAGUCUCAUAUAUCAGACAAGAGCUACUAAGGAUUUUAUUACAUAUUAUAUUGAUGAUGAAGGAAACAAUAAUUUGCACUUGGCUGGGAAAUUAUCACCUCCAAGCAGACUCAACACUGUAUCAGCUGGGCCAACUCUUCAAAUGCAGAGAGAGCUACUGUGGUUUAAGGAGGUGAAGAAGAUUGUACGGCCUUCCUAUGUUCAUAUGAAAAACAAUGAAGGCAAAACACCAAGGGAGUUGUUUACGGUGGAGCAUGAGAAUUUACGGAGAGCUGGUGAGAAAUGGAUGAAGGACACAGCAACUUCUUGCAUGGUUGUGGUAACUUUAAUUGCCACAAUUGCGUUUGCUGCCGUCUUUACCGUACCUGAAAGGAAUAAAGAAGAAACAGGCACUCCAAUUUUCUUGACUGAUGGGUGGUUCACAAUUUUUGUUAUAUCUGAUGCUGUGAUAAUGUUUAGCUCGACAGCUUCCAUAAUGAUGUUCUUGUCUAUCUUAAUUUCACGAUAUGGAGAAGAUGAUUUUCUAUUUUCAUUACCAGCAAAGCUGAUGGUUGGACUAAUUACACUCUUUCCUUCAAUUGUUUGCAUGCUUUUAACAUUUAGUGCAACCUUCUUUUUGGUCUACAAGGAAGAAAAACAAGAGAUAUUACCGAAACUUGUUGCUGCUCUAGCUGUGCUUCCAGUCACUUUAUAUGCAGUGCUAAAUUGUAGGUUAUGGAUUGCCCUAAUCGACUCAACAUGCUGGGCAUUAUGUUUCGACCUGGUAAGCACAGGCUUUUUGAUGGAGAUCAAGACAUAG